CCGCUUCAGCACCCCAAAUGAAGAGGGAGGCCGUCAGAGGCAUUUGUUCCCUUCCACUUUUUUUGUUGAAACAUUUUCCUGCAAUCUGUGCGUAAGUGGGUGUGUCAAAUGUAGUGUAGGAUAGUGCUUGGGUAGCCUACGCACUCUGAAAAUAGGAAAAGUUCAUCAUGAGUUUAGUCUGAAAUCUACCGCGGACUACCAGGAUGGCUGUCUGGACACGAGCGGACAAAAAUGGUCAAUUAGAUCUUUUGCUCCGGGACCGCUGGAUUCGGGUAGCGGCCGAAUUGACCCGCGAGACUUUCACAUUAACGGCCGAAACAGAGAUAAGCGGACACGGGAACAACUUGGAUUACACCAAUUCAGCGGGCCUGCGGAAUGGAACGUCUAACGGAAACGACCCGGGUUUAGCGUCGGGAAAUUCGAACCGUGGUCAAACCUCAAACCCAGAACUACAUCCGAACCAUGGUGCGCUAGGACGAAGCGGUAGCCCAGCGCGCGGGGGCAUCAACCGGGGUCACUACGACGGUUUUAAUAGCCCCAGCCCUGGCAAGUAUAAUCGUGAUAACGGUACGAACUCUGAUUUUGGCAGCCCGGGGUCCAGUUACGGUAGUCCUGGAUCUAGCUUCAGUUCCAGGCAUGGCGAAACUUCCAUCAAUUUAGAAUCCGGCGCAUCAGAAGCUGUGCGUAAAGUUAGAGUUGUAAAACAAGAGUCUGGCGGGUUGGGGAUCAGUAUCAAGGGGGGUCGGGAAAACCGAAUGCCCAUCCUGAUAUCCAAGAUCUUCCCUGGACUUGCAGCUGAUCAGAGUCGGGCUCUUCGGGUCGGCGACGCGAUCCUGUCAGUCAAUGGAAAUGACCUCAGGGAGGCUACGCAUGAUCUAGCGGUGCAGGCUCUAAAAAAGGCCGGGAAAGAGGUUACGCUUGAGGUUAAAUAUAUCAGAGAGGUUUCCCCACUGUUUAAGAAGCCCUCCUUGGUGGCAGACCUGCCGUGGGAUGGGGUGCGUCCUCAGUCCCCCAACUUCAGUGGCAGUGAGGACUCUGGGUCCCCCAAACACAGUGGGGCCAAGGACAGGAAGGUCAUCCUCCUCAAAAUGUGCUUUAUCAGCAGAAACUUGACCAUGCCUGACCUGGAGAACAGGCUCUUGGAGCUGCACUCCCCUGAUGGCCAGCACACGGUAGUGAUGCGCUGUAAGGACGGCCCCAGCGCCCACUCCUGGUUCACAGCCAUCCACACCAACAUUGCUGCCCUGCUGCCCCAGACUCUGGCCCACAUCAACUCCUAUCUGGGCUCCAGCACCACUGGGUCACACCCCCAACUCAAACACAUCAGCUGGCUGGCAGAACAGGUCCAGCUGGAUGGUGGGCGGCACCAGUUCCGACCAAUCGUCAUGGCACUGACAGAGAAAGAUAUCCUGCUGUUUGAAUCAGUGCCAUGGAACCGCGAAGCCUGGUCCACACCCAUGCUCACACACCCACUACUUGCCACAAGACUGGUGCACUCUGGCAGUGCCCGCAGUUCCCCGGCACAGGGGGCAGACCUGGUGUUUGCCACUCGGACGGGUACAGGGCGGGGCAUCGAGUCCCAUGUGUUCCGGGUGGAGACACACUGGGACCUGUCCUCGUGGACCCGGGCCCUGGUGCAGGGGGCGCAUGCUGCCGCAGAACUCAUUAAGGAGGUCUCCAUUGGUUGCAUGCUGAACAGGCAGGACGUUCGCCUCAUACUGCACUAUGAGAAGGGCUUCACUGUGACCCGGGAGCCAGGAGAGACUGCAGGGGGUGCUGUGCUCUUCAGAUACCCCUUCGAGAAGCUCAAGAUGUCUGCAGAUGACGGGAUCCGCAACCUCUAUCUGGACUUUGGGGGUCCAGAGGGUGAAAUGGUGUUUGACCUGCACUCUGGCCCCAAGCCCAUGGUGUUUGUUCUUCAUUCCUUCCUGUCUGCCAAACUGACUCGUCUGGGCCUGCUGACGUGAAAUGGGAAGAGGCUGAAGUCGGGAACAUAUCCAGAAAUAUUCUUAUUUUUACUAUGUAUCAUUCAACACAGCCUUCCAAUGUAAUUUUGGCAAUUUUUUAUGUGAUGAACAGAGUACGAGUUUGUUCAUAUGAGCAUGUGUCAAUUGGGUUUCCAAGUUGAUGACUGCGUGUGAGUGGCCUAGAGCAUACUGCCAGAAUGAAUGGGUUUAUACUUUUGCAUUUCUGUUGGCUUUAUAGAGUGCCUGUUACCCAAAAACUGAUUAUCUAGCACAUUAUCCAAAAUGACUGUUAUAAUCAUUAUUGCCAACUGUGCCUUGUUACAUGUAGUCAUAAAUGCUAUUUUUAGUGUGUGUAAAAGUAUUUUUUAUUUUCAAAAGGUAAAAGGUUUUAAAGCAAAGUAAGCUUUCAACAACAUGCACAGCAAUAGGAUUAUUCUUAUAUUGUUAACAUGCUAUUUCCGUACUGUUUUUCAGUUAAUUAUUUUGUAUGUAUAUCCUAUGUUUAGCAUGACUUGACUAUGAAAAUAUGAUGCUGUUUUUGAGCAUUUGCAAAACCAUGGCGUAACGCCAGUGACCCCUGUCACCUGCCUCAAAGUCAACCUGCCCUCCAGUAGGCUAGUCACACUGCCAAACCAUUGUCCUAUGCUGCCUGAGAACACCACUUCCCUUUAUCAUUCCCUUCUGCAUUAGCCCUAAGCCAAUGCUUUCUAUUAAAGCUCAUGAGGUCAUA